GUGGUUGUGUGAGUGCGCGCGCACGGGCGUUGCUGCCUGUUCCGUUGCCCGGCCGCAGUCCUCCCAUCCAAGCUUCUCCUCCUUUUCUCCUGCGCACCCGACCGAGCCCGAAGCAGUUGCACGGUCCGACGGUUCGCCGAGUGGACUCGGAUCCGGCUCUUCCCCUGAGCCUAAUGAGCGUGUGUCAAAGGGCGGGGGUAAGAAUGGGAUGGAAAAAAGACGAGAGGAAGGUCCACUUAAGCCUUUGCCGUCGCUGCACUCGCCGUGUACUUGUGCGCGGGAGAGUGUGUGUGGAAUUAACCCUUGCCGCCUGCGAGAAGGGCUUGCGACUUGAUCGCUGUGGGCGCAACCGAGCAAUCAGGCGCGAGCGAAGGACACUCGACCCGUUGGUUCCGCACCCGUGGCGAGGGCAGUGCGCCCUCCCCUGCCGUCCCGUGCGUCAUUCGAGGCAAUCUCGUGACGCGCCAGGCGGCCUAGAUUUCCCGCGAGACGGAAAAGGAGAGAACCUUCGCUGCCGAUCGCGAAUCCACUGAGCGGACUCGGCAUUGCGCUAGUGUUGGUGUGCGACCGCAUUUCACGUUCCGUCCGCUGGCGGCGAACGGACUCGACCGUGUACGUGUGCGGCCGCAACCCACGAGCGACGACGCUGGCUCAGGUUUAUCCCUGCCGUCCGGGGUUCAGUUUUGAGUUUGCCACUGGAGCGGUAACAGGGCUCGAAAGCGGUCGAGGGUCAUCCGGAGUCCUUCCCAGUAGUAAACGUUCCAAUAGAGAAGUUCCUUGUGCCGCAGUUGGUGCUGCGCCGUCCGCCGCAAUCGCAUUUUCCCAUUUCACGAGAAUUGUUUGCCGCGCAGUUUCGCGGCAUUGAGUGCGGAGGCAACGAGUAUCGGCUGCAAGUCGCUUGUCAACAAAGUGCACGCCGCAGACGCUCUGUGUCGAUUGUUGUGCCGCCGCCAGUGGUUGGCCGCUCGAGUGUCACAAUUUGAUUUUUGCUGGACGCUGCGCGUUUCCGUUCGAGCCAUCGAGUCCCGCGGAACUCACCGCCCUCCGCGUCCGGGAAGUGUGUCGAUCGCUGGGUCAGCUUUCCCCCGAGUGACUGUUUACGAAUUCCGAACUCCAGCGGGGCAGGAAAGUGGAAGCCGCGCGGGGAGGAAGUCGUUGCGAAAUUAGUGCACGCUCGCCGCACUCAGGAUAUGAUGUCAUGACGCGAGCUCUAGCCGCGAUCGGGACAGUGAAUCACGACCAAUCGCCCAAAGGAGCUUAGCGCCCCGCUCGCCGCGCAGCACGGUCGAUCGCGUGUCGCAACCCUUUCGCCCAACCCUAGCUUGACGCAAUGCUGACGUGUAGUCCAUGAACCGCAACCUCCCACCAGCAACAGGAGUCGCCCUCGAGUGCCGUCCCGUCCCUCGCCGAAGGAAGUGACCUCGAUCCAUCCCCGUCUGAACAGUCGCACACGGAAACGAAUCGUGGAAAGUUUGUGUACCUGCGGAACGCGAGCGACGAGGGGUUUUCCUUGCCAGCAAUUUAGUCGUCCCUCGCGGUUAACUGCGCGGAGAGAGAGAGCCUUGAGUGGAAGGCGAGUGUCACCCAUCCCCACCCCGGCAGCAGCCAGUCCGGUGCCGCGAUCGGUCUUCGUCGCCGACCACAGCUGAGUUGCGUUUCACAAAAGGAUUAAGUCGGUCGUGCUCUCCGCGAUCCGUGCCGUCCCUGUGCUGUGGUGUCUCAGUGAAUGCGAGUCGCGAUCAUUCCACCCCCGGACGUGUGCCAAGCUCCUUCGGCCUCUAUCAGCCUGUGCUCGGGAUUGCACCCUCAGUAUUCGGGCAAACACUUGUUGAACAGUUCGCAGCGGAGCAGUGAGAACAAGAAGUGAAAACAGUGCACCCGGAAGUGAAGUGAACUUUAUUGGAUUCCCAAUUUGAGUGGCGCAUCCGCCCUGGUUCGAGUAAGCCGACAAGGAGAUGUCCUCGAACAUCGUCCUGUGCCAGAGGAUUGUCAAAGGAAUUCAACAUUAAAACAGCCUCCAAUGCGAAGAUUCAAAAUUAAGCAAAUUUUCAAUCGACAACAUAUUUGGAAUUAACAUAUUUGAUAAUAUUCAAUAUCAUCUACAAAAGAUAUUUAUUUACAUCGUUGGCUCUGUUUUCGGAGUUUACUAUUCUAUUAUUCAAGAGGAGCAAACGUUUAUAAAGCGUUCGCGUUGUCAUCCUCUCGAAUAGAAAGGAUUAAGGAUAUUUUCUAAGUAGCCGUUCCCGUAAAAAAGUCAAGAUAACGAUUCUCAAGAUGCAAUCGAUAAAAAAUCCCCAACAAAAAAUGACGCAGCGGUUUUGUCUGCGAUGGAACAAUCAUCAGAGUAAUCUGUUGUCAGUGUUUGACCAGCUACUACACGCUGAAACGUUUACGGAUGUAACGUUGGCUGUUGAAGGACAGUAUUUGAAAGCACAUAAGAUGGUUUUGUCAGCUUGUAGCCCAUAUUUUAAUGCAUUAUUUGUUAAUCAUCCCGAGAAACAUCCCAUUGUUAUAUUAAAAGAUGUACCGUAUGCUGAUAUGAAGAGCUUAUUAGACUUUAUGUAUAGAGGGGAAGUUUCUGUGGAUCAGGAACGUCUCACAGCAUUCCUUCGAGUGGCUGAAACUCUUAGAAUCAAGGGUUUAACCGAAGUAAAUGAUGAUAAACCAAUGGGACCUGCUACACCACCACCUCCACCGCAGUUGCAUCGAAUUCAACCCUAUCUGGCGCAACAGCGUAAAAACCAACAAGCAAUGAUGAAUAGUCCUUUGCUUGGUUCAGCGCUAUCGAUGCCUAAGCGAAAGCGAGGGCGUCCGAGAAAACUGUCAGGAAGUUCGAAUGGAACUGGCAACGACUUUGAUGAUUAUGAUCGCGAGAAUUUGAUUCAGGGAUCACCGGAAAUGUUAGAAGUUAAGAUGGGUACCGAAGGAUAUUCAGGAAAUGAAGGUUCAGAUGAUAAUCAAAGAGAAUCCGGCGAUAAUGAUAAUGAACAAGACUCAAAUCAGGGCCGAAUGGAUACACAGGACACAUUAAAUAAAUCACAAACGAAAGACAGUAGAAAAGAUAAUGAUAACAGUACAUCCGAUAUUGUUAACAACUCCCCUGAACUUACCCAACGUUUACUAGGUAUAAGUAUAAAACCUGAUCUCGAAUCGAAAAAGCUAUUGGUCAAUCCGUUGGCAACAAGUUCAACCAAUUCGUCCAUUAACUACUCGAAUAGCUUACUUCAGCAACAAUUGCAGAAUGACUCUCUCAACAACAAUAACACAAAUGAAGUGUCGAUUACCACCGCCAAUAAUCUCCGCACACAGUAUUUAAUUCAAAUGAGCAAUGCCGGUGCAUCGUCAAUAAACUCAUCCUCACCGGAUUUUGCCGGCAAUGAUCCCACCUCACCGACAUCCUCAAACUCUGCGAGACCGCCUCAGCGAAGACGUGUUCGUCGGAAAGCUACUUCUUCAUUGGAUGAUCAAGCCGAGCAUCUUACGGAAAUGUCCGUUCGAGGCUUGGAUCUUUUCCGCUAUGCAAGCAUAACGGAAGGAAUAUACCAAUGCACCGAAUGUGCGAAAGAAAAUGUCCAAAAGACUUUCAAAAAUAAGUACAGCUUCCAGAGGCACGCCUUCCUCUACCACGAAGGAAAACAUCGUAAAGUGUUCCCUUGUCCAGUAUGUGGCAAGGAGUUCUCCCGGCCGGAUAAAAUGAAGAAUCACAUGAAAACAACUCAUGAAUGCUUCAUCCCGAAAGAAAUCAACUACCACCAUCCGUUGAAUUACUUAAUAACAGCUGCGACUGCAGGCGAUAUCCCUCAAUUAUUUUCACAUAUAGAAAACUCGUCACCCUCGGCGGGCGAGAAUCCAGGUAUUGGCUACGAAUCCUCAUCAAUAUCACCACGAGUGAGCAUUGUAGAGAAUACGACGCCUAAUACCAAUCAGAGCAGCAGCGGAGGUGAAAAUCCAGAGAGUCAAGACGACCAUGAAAUUCGAGACAAUGUAGCAUUCGUAAAGGAUGAAAUCCUCGAUCAGCCUCUUCUGCCCAUUUCAAUAGCCGAGCCCAGUAUUUCGAUUAUGGAUACUGAGGAAGUGAAAUAGGCUCACUUUCUCCAGCCAAUCCAUAUUUUUUGUUAAAUUGAAUUAAUCAACUGGUGCAUGUUCUUAUCAGGCUAAGAUUGUAGUAUGAUAUAGUAAUUAUUCGACUAGCAAUAAGUUAAUCGCAUAAAAAUAUAUGAAUAAGAAUAGAACUGUUUUGAAGCAGUUCAUCGAUCUUGUUUGAAGAAAAGAAAGUACACCGCCCAAGCUCUACAUCCUGUAAAUUGGAGAGUCAUCACUCAUUAGUCGUUUAAGUUCGCACAAUUUUCUACUGAAUGAGUUUAGAACUAUUUGUUUAUCGCAGUCUAAAUUAAGGUCCAUUGAAAAAGAUUCUGUGAAAAGAAAGUCUGAAUUAAACGCACUUAUGGACUUGAAAGCACAAGUACUGGAAGCAAACACAAAUCUGAAAUGAAUAUAUGUUUACGAGGGAUAAAUAUCUAGCAACAAAGCAAUAUUCAAGGAUAUAUAUUUUUAUGCUAUUGCAGCAAUCUAUUAAGCGAAAUGACAUUAUGUAAUAAUGAACUAUUAUAGAACUGUUUAAAAAACAUUGAAUAUUAUCGAUACGACUAGGUUUAGCAAGUAGAAUUACAAAACACAAAUAACCGAGCACAAAACGCAAUAACUAUUGAUUAGGAGAUAAAUAUUAUUUCGGUACACAUAUCAAUAAACUGAUAAAUUAUACAUAGUUAAGAUAAAAAUCAACUUACAUGGUGCUAUGUGCCUUGAACUUUCCUAGUUUUAUUGCCCCCCUCCCCGUUAAAGCAAUCUUACGCUAAUCUUAAGUGAUACGUACAUGGAAUAGUAAGAUUAUAUUUUAUACAAUUUUUAGAUAAAUAGUAUAAUACUAAAAACAAAUCUACUUUAUUUGAACAAUUUUCAUAGAAUGAAAACGAACAAAAUAUGUAAAAAUUAUCUACUUCGAAUGGAGAUUUUGUUUUCUUUAUCAAUUAUAUUUGGAAAUUUAAUUCAUGCUAGACCGCCUUUCCGGAAUUAUAGUUAUUUGCAGAGAAAAUAAUGAAUAAUUUGUGAAAAGAAUUAUGAAUUCGGCAGAAUAGAAGAGUAGAAUCCAAUUAAUUUAUUUUUAUACAAUAAUUUAGCAAUAAGCGUCUAAUUUCAAUAUUUCUUGUUACUAUCCAUUUAAAAUAUUGAAUUUUGAAUUUUAUUUAGUGGCAAACUUGUAGAAGCUGAAAACUAUAUAAAUUUUUAAUGAUAUCAACUAUCGCGUUGCAUAUCUUCCAAGGAAUAAUGUGGUUUAUGUGAUCUCCAGAUAGCUGAAUGAUGCGGUGACCAUUUUCAUGAUAUGGUGAUAAAUCAAAAUUUUUGUUUCUACUAACGAAUUUUUCGAUUGUAAAUACUCAAUAAAUAUUAAAGUUAUUAAUUUAAAUUCGCUAGAAUUGUUACUCAAUAGAAAUUGUCGAGUAGUGAAUUAAAAAAGGAUCAUUUGAUUGUCCUAACAAAAUACUUUCUCGUUAGUAAUCAAAGAACAACAAAACGUUGAUUGCAACAACGUAUAAUGCUGAAAAGAUAUUCAUUGUUAGACUUAAAAAGAGAAACAUUGACAUGAUGACAUCCAUCCACGCAAUAUGCUUUGUUAUUGAUUCAAAACUAUAUAAAUCAAACGGUCCUUUUUUGAUUUACGAAGAAGAAUUUCAAUGUUCGUUACUUAAAAAAAAAUUCGUCUUAAGAAUCCUCAACGUAUUCAGUUGUACUGAUUAAAUGGGCCAAUACUAAUAAUAUAAAAGCAGAAAUAUCCAGCAAUCAACCACUAAUCCAUUUCGUCAUAUUCCACGUGUACAUCAAAAUUUUCCGUAAGUCACAACAAUAAUUUUCUUGAAUAUGUAAAGAACGCAAUAAUGGCUUGUUGUUAGCUAACUUGUCGCAGUACCUUCCCAGCCAGCCAGUCGUCCAGUUAGUUAGCAACGUCGUUAACUGCUCAAAAAUAAGCAAAGCUCUAGUGGCCCUUCUUAAGAGAAGGAAUAUUUUUUUUUUAAUUUAAAUGAAAACGGAGAAUAUUUACGGAAUGGGUAUUUCAUUUUGAAAAAUAUUCUAGACAAACAGCGUAGGCAUAUAGGAAUCUUGUUCAUUUUUGACAGUGGUAGGAGUAGGCUAAGAGGAGGUCGUCAUUGAGGGCAGGUCAUAUCUACGGCGUGCUGAAUCUUAGCUAUGUUCUUACGACCAAACUGAGCUGAUCAUACACAAAUGAAAGGAUUUCGCAGUGUACAAUAGCCCAAAACCGUCCAUCUAUAUUUUUUUUUGAUAGAAAAAUGUAAUAACUCAAUUCGAUGAGGGAGAUAUUUCUCUUCAAUGAUAAUGGAAAUAAUAACAACAAACAAUUCCGCUAUCACCAACCGCACCCGCUUUUUUUCGUACGGCAUAGUAUUCCUUACGUUCGAGGCUAGUGCUAUUUGAGGCGGACGAUUGUUCCUUACUCUUAAACAUGUUAUAUGCAACCAACAACAUUUUUUUUUCUCCGAUUGAUUAUGCAAUUAUUCAGCAGCUAUCAAUAUUUUUGAACAACCUAAUUGAUAAUUUAAUUUCCAAUUUUUCUAUAAUCGAUUCUUUGUUGAGACUUUCAAGUAAGCCCAUCUUCCUGCCAACCUCACGCCCCUUUUUCCCAAACCCCUUACUACAAGUUAAAAUAUGAUACAGUUACUAAAAUAAUCAGUACAAGUUGUAUAUAUUAAAUAAUUUAAAUCUAGUGAAAUACUUAACAACUACAAAUUAGAUUUAACCCAAAAUAAAUAAACAACAAAACACAUUUGACUUCCAGUGAAACAUAAAAAGUAAAAAAGUAGUAAAUGUAAGAGAGUUAAAUAACUGCUGCAGUUUUUCAAAUCUUCUUACUACAAGACUUUAGUUAGGAAAUUCACUGAAAGCAAUUUUAUAUUCCCCGAAUAUCAUUCAAUUCGGCACAGACACAUACCCACAUAAUAUUGAGAAAUGCAUAGCAAAAAUUUAAAUCGAAUAUAAAAUUGUUCUCACGAAUAUAAUAUAUGGUAAAAUACGAUAAUUUAAUUCAGACUUUGAGUUAAGGAGAAAAUGUGAAUUCAUCUUACAUUUACGUACAUUAUAGUAAUGUUGUUUAAUUUUUUUAUUAUAUCGAAUUAUCUUCUUUAUUUUUAAUUCAUUAUCUUAAAUUUUUAUAUUUGUAAUCUUUUAUAACUGAUAUUUUCUAAUGUAUUAAAGCAUUUUUCUGAAA